AUGGCGGACCAAUUCGACAGUGCGCUCGACCUCCUUCGACGCCUAAACCCCAAAAACACCGCAGCCAACCUCUCGGCCAUCUGCAGUCUAGUCCCCGAACACGAAGAAGAACUCCUCGCUUCCGUAGACCAACCUCUCGAGGUCCGCCGCUGCAAGAAAUCCGGCCGCGAUUAUCUGCUCUGCGACUACAACCGCGAUGGCGACAGCUACCGCAGCCCCUGGAGCAACGAAUUCGACCCUCCCGUCGACGAUGCAGAGAUGAGUUCCGAGCGCGUCCGCCGCCUCGAAGUCCGCGCAAACGAGGCCUUUGAUGUUUACCGCGAGCUAUACUACGAAGGCGGCACAUCGUCCGUCUACCUCUGGAACCUCGACGAUGGCUUCGCAGGCGUGGUCCUUCUCAAGAAAUCUUCUUCCCAGGCUGCCGCUUCAGGGGCUUGGGACAGCAUCCACGUCCUCGAAGUCGCCGAGCGUGGCCGCACCGCAAAGUACAAGCUCACAUCCACCGUCAUCCUGAACCUCGGAACAAAGGGCGAUGCACUGGGCAGUCUUGACCUCGCUGGCAACAUGACCAGGCAGGUCGAAGCAGACAUGUCUGUCGAUGCUGACGAGACCCAUGUCGCAAACAUUGGCAAGCUUGUCGAGGAUAUGGAGCUCAAGAUGCGCAAUCUGCUACAGGAGGUCUACUUUGGCAAGGCAAAAGACGUCGUCGGUGAUCUCAGAAGCAUACCGCCGCUCUCAGAGGCCAACCGCGAUAGAGCAGCCCAACGCGAAAUGAUCAGCAGCAUGGCCCGAUAG